AUGCAUUCAUUCAAGUCGUUGUGCCUUGCUACGGCAGCUGCUCUCAUUCCUUUUAGCGCUGCCCUAGAUGAGACAACAUACCCCUGGCAAGCCCCGACAGACACCGACGUCCGGUCUCCCUGCCCGGCUCUCAACGCACUCGCCAACCACGGACUCCUGCCUCGCGACGGCAAGGGCAUCACGAUCGGUGUGCUUUCCGACGCAGCGUAUACGGGCUUCACCGUCGCCGCUGAUGCGACGCUUGUGUUCGGCAGCUUGGCCUUCCAGACAUCGACAACUGGCAACGCAUCGACCUUCAAUCUGGACGACCUCAAGCAGCACACUCCGCACGUCCUUGAGCACGAUGGAUCCAUGUCUAGAAACGACUCGUACUGGGGCGACAAUCUCUCCUUCAAUGAACAGGCAUGGGCGAGAACUCUCGCAAACUGGGGAGACAACGAGGUUAUCACCUUCGCCGUAGCCGCAGCCGAAAGAACGGCACGCUUUGAAUAUGGCUUGGCCACGAACCCCGAGUUCAAUGCUAGUGUCGCUCAGACAAGUUCGCUGCUAGAGUACUCAUUGAUUCUGUCUUCAUUUGGGGAUCUGGUGGAGGGCAACGGCAAUGCGACGUUCAUCAAGUACCUCUUUGAGAAUGAGAGGCUGCCCAUCGAGCUUGGGUGGCAGCCACCAACGUCAAACUUGACAAUUGCCGCUGCGCAGGUCAUGGCAGCCAAAAUCGCUGCCCUGCUUUGA